AUGGCAUGGAAUGCUUUCCAUGUCCGGCGGGGGCAGCCGGACUUUCGCAUCUUCGGCUCCUUGCCUCCGGAAGCAUUUGCGGAUGCGAUGUUGACUCGAGCAGGGACGCCUCCAGCUUCGAGGUUGGGCUGGUGUGGCCCGCAGACGCCGCGUGAAGGAGCUCAGCGAGCAAGGAACAACCACGUCUCGGAGCCCACGGUAUCGAAACAGGGCGUGAGGCCCGGGAGCGCAUUGUUCAACUCGCUGGACAUUUUCGCUUUGGCAGUAGACAUAAGAGCCCUCGAACCCCAGCUCUUUGAGAAGCUGCCACCACAAGUGGGGAUGGAAGCUGGUGGCGGCCGACGGGUGUCUGCCAAGCUGCGCAACGAACUCCUCGAACAAGUGGUAAGUGGUCAGGAGGCGGCAUGGUUCUUCCAUGUUCUUUCCUUCGCAGGCAAGCCGGCGCUUAUCAGAAAGUCCCUCUCUACACGCGCCCGACCCUUUUGCGCCUGCGGUGCUUUGCUCGUUGCGGGCGAUGUCCAUGACCUGGUUCCCAGUGCCCGCCGAGUGAAGUCCUGGCUGGGAUUCUUGACCUUCUCACUGAUGGUUCGGUGCUUUUGUCCCAACAUUGAUUGCCCGGCAGCAGCAUUGACGUCAUCUGACGCAACGCCUGGCAGCAGGUGCAUGACGAGCAGUAUGCCCAGCAUGGACAGCACCUUCCCAAAUCCAUCAGCAUCCAUUGCUGCCAUGGUGGAGAAUCGGUGGGUGCCCGUGCUUGCUCUGACGUGCUACAGGCAAGGAGGGUCCCGCAGAUCGCCACAGCCGAGCCCGGCGCCAGUUCCUCACGGAUGCCUUCACAGCGUGCGAGGCGUGAUCCUCGAACAGCUCCCAGAGGACAGCACUGUCUACGUGGUGCAAACAUCUUCCGCAGUCCAAAUGUUUGCUUGCCAUACGCUGGGGCUAAAGCUGGAAGCUUCCCUCCAAGCUUCGACGAGCUGCUGCAUCUGCACGCUGUCUGCUGCGAGUGUCCGUGCGCUGCGGGAGAGCACGUGUGAUGGUGCGGCGGCGCCGGUGCCGAGGAGGAGGGCCGGGAAAUGCAGCGAAAUCGAACCAAAAAUGACGAAUUUCACGAGAUGGAAGAAAGGAGGAACAUUGAUGGAACAGGAGGUGCGCAAAUUGCUGUGGCUGGACUCCGUGAAGUUCCCAAGCAAUGCCAUUAUGGAGCCUGAGACUGAGAACAUCAGGCUCAAGGCCACCCUGGGGAAGACGUCCCCUGAAGUCUUCGGCCUCAAGGUGUUCGAGAUGAUUCGCCAUUGCAACGAGGAGCUGUCAAAAGACCCUCCACAGCGACGCAAGCUCACUGAGUUGGCCACCUUGAUUGUCAGCUGCGACUUUGCUUCCGAGAGGGUGCUGCGGACGGGCUAG